AUAAAAUAGCAGGCAGUAGUCGGUAACUGUUCGUGUGGUGAGGAGGCAUGGAGAAUCCCAAUGCUACGACUACGAGCCACAGCCACUGCCAGGCAGCACUGGCACGGAGAAAGAGACCAAGCCACCGGACCAACUCGCACAUGUCCUUCGCUCGAACACUCUCCGCUCACCGUCGCCUCUGAUUCCUCUUCGAUUCGCCCUGAUUUCCUCCGCUCGAUUCCGUUGCUUCUCGGCUACUAGUGCGAGAUUUUAUUUGUAGGAGUUUUGGUCGCUGAAAUCGGACAGAUCGAUGGCGAGAGUGGAGGAAACCGGCGGCGAUAGGGAGGAGAACAAGGAGGAGGAGACGAGCUGGUGGUCCCCUGAAGCUGUCGAGGGCGGGAGGGUCGGAGAAGGGCCCAGCAGAGGUAGUCGUGGUGGCAGAGGCGGUGAUGGGGGGCGACCCGACACGCCGCCGCCGCCGCCCUACUCGGACCAGGUGCUGGAGAACGUCCUGGAGAACGUGCUCCAGUUCCUGGUCUGCCGGCGGGACCGGAACGCGGCGUCGCUGGUGUGCCGGUCCUGGUAUCGCGCCGAGGCGCAAACCCGGCGGGAGCUCUCCGUCGGCAACUGCUACGCUGUGUCCCCGGCGCGCGUCGUCCGGCGGUUCCGCUGCGCCCGGGCGCUCGUGCUCAAGGGCCGCCCCCGCUUCGCUGACUUCAACCUCUUCCCCCUCGGCUGGGGUGCCCGCUUCUCCCCCUGGCUCGCCGCCAUGGCGACCGCCUAUCCCUGGCUCGAGCGCGUCUGCCUCAAGCGGAUGACCGUCUCCGACUCCGACCUUGCCUUCCUCGCCCGUUCCUUUCCCUCUUUUCGCGAUCUCACGCUCAUCUGCUGCGACGGGUUCGGCACCGCCGGCCUCGCCGUAAUCGCUGUGCUCUGCAGGAACCUGAGAAUCUUGGAUCUGAUCGAGAACGAUGUGGAGGACGAGGAGGAGGAAGUCAUCGACUGGAUCUCGAGGUUCCCGGAGACAACCACCUCUUUGGAGUCGCUGUCGUUCGAGUGCGUGAAUUGCCCGGUGAACUUCUCCGCCCUGGAGGCUCUAGUCGCUCGAUCGCCCUCCCUCCGGAGGCUUCGGGUGAACCAGAACGUAUCUCUCGGCCAGCUCCGCCGCCUCAUGGCCCGGGCGCCGCAUCUCACCCACCUUGGCACCGGUUCCUUCCGGCCAGGCAUCGCCGAAGAUCUCAACGUCGCUGAUCUCGAGCAAGCCUUUGUCUCGUCCAAGUCGCUCAUUUGCCUAUCUGGAUUCCGCGAGGUGGCGCCGGAGCACCUCCCGGCCAUCCUCCCCGUCUGCGCCAACCUUGUCUCCCUCAAUUUAAGCUAUGCCGUCAUCACCGCUGAGCAGCUCAAGCCUGUCAUCCUCAAAUGCAACAACCUCCGCACCUUCUGGGUUCUUGACACUGUUGGUGAUGAGGGACUACUGGCGGUGGCCAAGGCAUGCAAAAACCUUCAUGAACUCAGAGUGUUCCCCUUCGAGGCCACCGAGGAUUCAGAGGGCUCAGUCUCUGAUGUUGGCCUUGUGGCAAUCUCAAAUGGAUGCAGGAAGCUCCAAUCGAUCCUGUUCUUCUGCCAGAGAAUGACUAAUUCUGCCGUUGUAGCCAUGUCGAAGAACUGCCAGGAUCUAGUUGUAUUCCGCCUCUGCAUCAUGGGUCGCCACCGCCCCGAUCACAUUACCAGGGAGCCUAUGGAUGAAGGCUUUGGGGCCAUUGUUAUGAACUGCAAAAAGCUAACUAGGCUCGCCGUCUCUGGCCUGCUUACUGACAAAGUGUUCAAGUACAUUGCAACGCAUGGGAAGUCAAUUAGGACCCUCUCAGUGGCAUUCGCCGGAGACAGUGAUUUGAGCUUGAAGUAUGUGCUUGAAGGCUGUCACAGUUUGCAAAAACUGGAGAUUAGGGACAGCCCUUUUGGUGAUGUAGGUCUACUAUCAGGGAUCCAUCAUUACUACAAUAUGAGGUUCUUGUGGAUGUCUUCAUGCAUGCUAACUUUAAGUGGUUGCAAGGAAGUGGCCCAGAAGAUGCCCAACUUGGUGGUAGAAGUGAUUGGGGAUCGGCCCAAGGACCUCGACAGUGAUACCGUGGAGAAGUUGUACUUGUACCGGUCCCUGGAAGGUCCAAGGGAUGAUGUGCCGCUGUUCGUCAACAUCUUGUAGGCUUCUCACUUUCAAUUGAGAUACAAGGGAGAAGAAUUAGCCAUUUUUGGUUCUAGGUUUAACCAAGGAGCUCAUCAUGGUUAGAGGACCAGAAAUGUGAUACAGCAAAGUGAAUUUGGUCAGCAUUACUCACUGGAUUAUACUCCUUCACCAAACAUGAAAAGGAUAAAUUUCUUGGUUCUCUAUUGAUUUAUUAUUUUCCUCGUAUAAUUGGGCAAUUGGAAUGGCACCUGAAUUGUGGAUUCUUGCCUAUGACCUGAUUCAUUUGGAGUUACUGCAAAGACAACUCUCUGCAACCAAGCAGUCAUCGGUAAGUUAAAGAAAUGGCUUCUUCAAGGAGUUUCAGAUGGAUAGCAAAUGCAAUCUUAAGUCUCCAGGUUGUUCUUAUUCCUUGUACUCUGUAAAUUGAAACUUUACUAGGUUAUCACUGGAUUUCAUUUUACUUCCAUGAUCUUGUCAAGGUAACAUUAUGGAACUUGCUUUUCAUUUUCCUUUUUUUGGGAGAAUUUCCAGACUUUAAAUGAAGAGUUUAACAUUUUUCUAUUGAA